GGUUCCUCCCAGUGUGCGGCAGUUGUGUCGAACAGAUCGCAAGAGCGGACGUUUCGUCGCCUUGCCAGGCAGCCUUUACACACCUAUAAGGCUGUAAGGGAGGCUAGUAAAUCUUCCUGUCACCUGGGGGUUAGACUGGACCUACAGGCGGCGCUGUUUCUGUAUCUUUCAGUUCUACAUCGCUGGAGUUCUAGGUUGUUAGAAUAGCGAGUUUGACGGUUGAAGAUGGCGGACCCCAGACAGGACAUGUACGACGCCCUCACGCGUCUCCGGCAGCACAUCGGCAGCGGGAGGCUCGUGCUGUUCGUCGGCGAACAACUGUCAGUACUCCCGUCGCCCGCUAGGCUGGACCACUGGUGGCGAAUACAGAACGGCAUCAGUGGUCUGGCCCAACUUGAGUCCGACUUCAUGACAAACCUUCCCCAACGGCCGGCCAAGGUGCACAACGUCCUCCGCACCCUGGGAACGUUCCCGCUUAUCCUCACGACCAAUCAGGACGAACUUCUGGAGAGGCUGCUCUGGGGACGAGGGAGUCUGGGCUUUGCAUUGGGAGAGAAAAUUCGACUCGACCAGGUAGGGCAGGUGAUGAAGGACUGGCCGGCGCUCCACAGGCACCUGAUCGUCAAACUGUUCGGGGACACCAGCUACACGGCCCGCUGCAGCGAAGAAUCUCGGCAGUUCCUUGAUGACAUCCUGCGUGGUGAACCUGGCCGUGAGGUUGCAGCUGCGGAGUUUCUUGCCAAAGUGUUCCAGGAAAGGCCGGUCCUGUUUCUGGGCUGCGACUUACAACACGACUUCUACAAGCGCCUCCUGGCGAGAUUCGUCACAAAUGCUCCGAUUGACCACUACACGUUUGAGUCGUCUGAGAUCCGGGGCUGUCCCCGCCACGGCAGCCUGGUGACCCUCAAGGCCAACCUGGAACUCUGGGAGUUUGUUCAGUACCUCAGUACCGGGAGGAUGGAGGAGAAUAUACAGCCGGGACAGGUGUAUGAGAAGUCCUAUCUGGGCACGCAGCGGGAAGAGUACCUCCUGCAGCAGCUGGCUCUGGAGAAGCAGGCCUCGGAGAUCGUCUUCCACACGUCCAGCAUCACGAACGCGCUGGCCACGGACGAGGCCCUGGAGUUCAUCUCUAAACCGGCGCUACAAGACAUCUACCGCAGUGACCCCUUCGGAGUAUUCACAGAAGAGCACGUGACUAGGGCCCUGGACGCAAUGAAAGCCAGACGGGAUAACCUAAUCAAGAAAAUCCGCGAAGGAACCAAAGUUGUGACGUUGUUCUUCUACCACGGACUGAAGGCCGAGCUCGACCCCGACAGAGUCCCGGACCCCAGGGAGCGACAGAUGGCCAUCAAGAAGUAUGUGGAAGUCAUCAACCUGUGCCAGACCUUCGUCUCCAGCAAGAGCUCCCUGGAAAUCCGCAUCGUCGACUGGACAGACCCGGCAGAGAUCAGGGAGAUCGACAAGGAGAAGUUUGGCUUGGCUAGACUUAAAGGAGGCGAAGACGAAGCUAUUUUCCACGGCCACCCGGCGACAGCCGGCAAGAAGGCUUUCGCCGUGCAGCUGAUUGCCAUCAACGGAGAGGAGACCGCGCGGAAGCGGAAGAUAUACGAGAAGUCUCGCGAGAGGUCGUGGAGCGCCGAGGAUUCGGUCAGACGUCUGCUGCAGGAGGUGCUCAGCGCCAACAGGGACCUGGUGGACAGGCACGGCGAGCACAUGUCUGCUAUCAAGAAAGAGGACCUGGAGAAGCUACUGUACAUGAGUGAAAUCCAUCUUCUGACCAACAAGAAGCUGGACCAAGGAAGCGACUUCAUCAAGAUCGGCAGCGGCAGCUUUAGCACGGUGCACAGGGCUACACGACAGGGGCGACCAGUGGCCGUAAAGAUUCUAAAUGAAGUCAAAAACACAAAAGACCUGAAGGCCUUCCAAGAUGAAUUCAAACUUCUAAGAGAUAUGCAACACGACAACAUCGUCCAAGUGGUGGACUGCAUCGUGCAGGACAACAGACUGGGCAUCAUCAUGGAGUUUGUGGACGGGGGAAACCUCCGGGACCACCUCAGGAAGUCGGGAGCUCAGGAGAAGGACUUCGUGCUGCGAUUCGCCAAACAGAUCGGUCUCGCACUGGAGUACCUGCACGGAAAGGACGUCAUGCACAGGGAUGUCAAACCAGAAAACGUCUUCAUUUCAGAGGACCACAGCAUCUUCAAGUUGGGUGACUUCGGGCUCGCCAAAGUGACUGAGGGCACACGGCAGACCAAGACCAUCAUCGGGUCCUACCGCUACAUGGCCCCGGAAGUGAUGUCAUCCCGCGGGCACUACUCCAAGAAGGCAGACGUGUACAGUUAUGCUUUAUGCUUGAUCGAGCUGAUUGGUGGAGAGAUGGUCUUCAGCAACAUCGCCAUACACAAGCAUGCGAUGGAUGAAAAGCUACGCGGGGGGCUGCCUGACAUCCCGAAAACCUGCGAUGAGUAUGGGCCGAGGAUGAAACCAACAAUUGAACGAUGUCUGAGGGCUGAAGCACAGCGGCCGUCCAUGACUAAGGUGAUGCAGAUGCUGUUUGGUUCUGCUCCUGUGAAGACUGACACAGGGCACCUGGAGCUUCUUUGCCUGGGCACCAGAGAUGCCACAGCUGCUGCUUUUGAGGGAAGCCCUAGCUCUUCAGUGACGGUCAUGUUCAACGGUUCCCCGGUUAUGCUCUUAAAUGUCGGACUGGGAGUUCUCAGGUCCUGCCAGGAGCUUGCAGGGCAGCUGCCAAACCUGGUGUUCGUAUCCUCGCGCCAUUCUGACCACGCUGGUGAGCUAUCUACCCUGGUGAAUCAGAAGGUCCUUCCUCAAGGAGAAAAAGAAAACAAUGAUGCCCAGCUGACGAUCCUCUGUCCGGAUCACGCCAUAACUUCACUACAGCAGCGAUGCCAGGAUGACAAUUGUGACGACACGGCCAUGUGGAUUUCCUGUGAACAAGACAAAACGUACGAGGUGAACACCUUUGCAGGAAGACUGGGAGUUAGGAGACUUCCCAGUUCUCAUAAGAAUGCUGGUUUUGUGCUGUACAACAAUGAGCGUCCUGUACUGCGUUACCUGGUGUACAGAGGAUCUGAAAAAGUCAGUACCCUUGAUACUGACCAUGAGGUGGUGACUGUAGUAGAAGCAGGCAAAACAUUGACAGACUUUGGACAGGUUGGCGAUAACGUGUAUGUGAUCGGCUCCUGUGCGAAGACAGAGAAGGUGAAAGAACAAGCACCUAACCUCCGCUUCCUCGAGCGCGGUGAAAUCGUACCACUGGUGGUUUCCACUAGCACAGCAGACCAUGGUAACGUCACUGUCAGUGGUGGUGAUCUCGCACCGAUCGCUGAGAGUGACUCAGGCGACAUAACACAAUACGCCAAGGUCGUAACGGUUGUUGAAGAGGGCCCGGGGGAGAGAGACGGGCCAGAGGAAAGUGGUUCUCCUGAGUAUCUACUCACCACGACUGAUCACAAAGACAACCACCAAGACCAAACUGACGACGUGUAUCCGAGUAUCCAAGACGCCGUGACGUCUUAAGAAUUCCUCUGAAGACGCUUUCCAUAAAUAGUUUUAAUGAUGGUGUAAAUUCGUAAGAAGGCGUAAAUUUAAAAUUUGUUUUAACGUAAAUGAUAUACUUCGACAUACCAUGAGGUAGUACUGGACUGACUU